AGGAGGUUGAUCUGUGUUCGGGGGUAGGGGACUGUCUACAACUUAAAUAAUACAUGAAUCAUUUUCGUAUGCAUCAUCGCUUGAUCCGGUCGGCUGUUUCGACAUUGGAUUCGACAUUGGAUUUCAAGUCUACGGCAGACUUUAUUUUGCACCUACCUUUUUUUAAAAAGUGACUCAUGAAAAUUAGUCUUACGACUCUCAUCUUAGGUUUUCCAUCCUUUCUUGCUCGUGGUGCUUGUCUCUCCUUAAACGUUCUGGCACCACUUAUCUCACGCUUAACCCGUUAUUCCUAUGACUUGAAUUGAACAUCCACUAGUCUAGUCUGUUAGUUUCGCAUCCAAAAAAAAUGACGGGAGUUGAGAAGGGCUUUGAAAAGCCACGCUUAGGAGACGAACAUCUUGCUGCCUGGAGUAAAGCCCAGAGGGCUGAUGUUACUCAUUUUGACGCUAGGUUUGUCGAAGAUGAAGCUACACUUGAACGAUUGAUAAUGGGCGAAGUAGAUCACGACUCAAGUGCAGCCAAAACUUCUGCAUUAGAAGGACUAGAAGAACCUUCACCUGGAUCUGGAUCUGGAGCCUCUCCAUCUUGCAUGCGUUCGAUCUCCUUCGCAUUUAACCGACAUUUUUCACCCUCUUGGUCCAAGCGCUGCGCGAAUUUCCACUUCUUGGACCUAAAUCAUUUGCCCGACUUGAACGACGACAGCCUCUUGGCCUUUUUGGAAGGGAAUCGGAAUUUAGUCGAACUCCAGUUAUACUGGAACCCGCAGUUAACGGAGAGCGCUCUGCAGAAGAUUCCAGAGUACUGUCCGUACUUGAAAUCCCUGAGCUUAGCUGGCUGUAUGAAGCUAUCGGAUGUUGCGCUUGCAGCCAUUUCCGCGGCACCCUAUUAUGCGCGCUCGCUGGAGCACUUGGACUUAACAAGGUGUCCGAAAAUCACGUCCAGGAGUGUGCGGAAAGUCACGAGAAGACUGAACUCUUUUUAUGGCUGAAGUCUCAACAUAAUUCUGUGUUCUGAAAAUAAAGAUAUCGUUACUUCUAAGGUUACUUCUACACUAGAAAACUUCUAAACUAUACCAUAAUUCUGCACGAAUUCGAAAUUCCUUUGGUUCAUCAGUCAUAUUUUCCACUCUAAUACCGACGAGUUCUCCGAGUCUACGCUGCCGCCGCUUUGUCGGCAGAAGCAUUUGAGCUCUCGAGUAUGCCGAAUCUGGAGCUUUUGGAUGCCUGCGGAACUGCCAUAGAGGACAGGAAUUUCGAAGCCCUAGCAAGAGCUUAUCCACACGACUCGAAGGAGCAACAUCUGAGGCUAAAAGUCUUGAAUCUCACCUGGUGCACGUUGAUUACGGAUGCUGGAAUCGCAGCACUAUGUCAGUCUGCGGUACGAGACUUAGCAGAGCUCUCGUUGUUUGGGAAUCUGAACAUCAGUGAAGAAAGCUUGAGACUCUUGGGACAGAAGUUUGGCCAUUCUCUGCAUACUUUGGACAUUAACGGAUGCACUAAUAUCCCCAACCGAGCACCAGAAGAUGUCCUUCGAUACUUGCCCAACGUAACGAGGUUUGUCGUACAUACCUGAUAAUUAUGGCAGUCUGCACUGAACUUUGUGCGAGAUAAAUUGUCUUGUAUUGUAUUCCAAAGACCUUCGCCUUUUUUUUCCCUUCAUAUGAGGAGGUAAUAUUCUAAUUCUCCUAGAACGAGGAGUAGAAUCUAUCACAAAGACAAGCGCAUCCCUUCGACGAAGAGCGGCGUGUAAGUUCUUCACGUGUGCUGAAUGUUACAAGAACUGGAUCUCCACUAACUAUCUAUGUAAAAUCUAGAGGACUAUAUGUUCACAAGCUCAGC